AAGUUGGAAAGGAGUGGCGAGGAAGAAUCGAGAGGGUAGGAGAGUAGAGGAGGGACGAAAGAGAUUAGAGUACGCGUUAUUCGGGCGGCCAUUGCGAGUAACUUGUACGAAACCGUGAUCGUAAUCCCGUGUCGUGCGGCACACAAACGAGAUAUUCCGGUGGAUUAGUGGUCAUUCUUGUUAGCAAGGUGCCCCGUGUGAAGCUCGGGACGCAUACGAGACUCCGGCCCGAUGGCUGAGACCGACAAGUUGAACAUCGAUAAUAUUAUAGCUCGACUCUUGGAAGUAAGAGGAGCAAGACCAGGCAAGAAUGUUCAGUUGACGGAAGUGGAGAUCAGAGGAUUGUGUCUCAAGUCACGUGAAAUUUUUCUAUCACAACCUAUUCUUCUAGAACUUGAAGCACCAUUGAAAAUAUGUGGUGACAUUCAUGGACAAUACUAUGACUUGUUGCGAUUAUUUGAAUAUGGCGGUUUUCCUCCCGAAAGCAACUAUCUCUUCUUAGGAGAUUAUGUUGAUAGAGGAAAACAAUCGUUGGAAACUAUCUGUCUCCUUCUUGCCUACAAGAUCAAAUAUCCAGAAAAUUUUUUCUUGUUGAGAGGAAAUCACGAGUGUGCAUCCAUUAAUAGGAUAUAUGGAUUUUAUGACGAAUGUAAACGCCGUUACAAUAUCAAAUUAUGGAAAACGUUUACUGAUUGCUUCAAUUGCUUACCUGUUGCUGCAAUAGUAGACGAAAAGAUAUUUUGCUGUCAUGGAGGUUUGAGUCCAGAUCUUCAGAGCAUGGAGCAGAUCAGACGUAUCAUGCGACCGACAGAUGUACCUGAUCAGGGAUUGCUCUGUGAUUUAUUGUGGUCUGAUCCCGAUAAAGACACUAUGGGUUGGGGCGAAAACGAUCGCGGUGUUUCGUUCACUUUCGGCGCAGAAGUUGUUGCCAAGUUUUUACACAAACAUGAUUUUGAUCUUAUUUGCCGUGCGCAUCAGGUAGUAGAAGAUGGUUAUGAAUUCUUUGCUAAACGGCAACUAGUAACGCUGUUCUCGGCUCCGAACUACUGCGGCGAGUUUGACAACGCAGGUGCCAUGAUGUCGGUGGACGAGACUCUCAUGUGCAGUUUCCAAAUUUUGAAACCAGCUGAUAAGAGGAAAUUUACUUAUGGUGGUCUGAAUGCUGGACGGCCUGUGACACCACCGCGGGGUGCGAACAACAAGAAUAAGAAGAAGUGAAAUCCUUGAAUUUGUCUUUUGAAUGCGAUGCUUAGGAUUUUACAACUACUAUCGCCCGAUCCACCAUCUAUUAAUACAUUAAAACCUUGUAAGAACGAGAAAAAGAAUUAGGCAGAGAGAGAGAGAGAGAGAGAGAGAGAGAGAAGUUAUAAUUAUUAGUAUAAUUAUAUUAUUAUUAUUUUCGAUUGACUACAAAGUCUGUGGAAAUAGGUAAAGAAAAGUCGAGAACACAUCUAUCAGAAAAUCGGAAGGAGCGUUGCUUUUCACAGAGUUUAUCAAAAGUAGUAAGUGCGUAGUGCGUAUGUUUGUAGUUAAAUGUGUUACCGUAUAAAACAAAAUAGUAGGGAUAAAAUUAAUUGGUUCAUCAUAAGAUUAGAGAGAAUUUUAUGUGGUUUUCACGCGACAUUCUUAAUAUCUAUUGCGAAAAGUAAAAAAUAGAAGGGCGGACACUUUCACUGUAAUUUGUCUUUUUCUUUCAUCGAUCGCAACAUUCACGUCUUUUAAUUUGUUUGCCAUUUGCAUUAUUCAUCAGUGUUAAUAUCCAAUUACUCGAAAAAAAAACAACAAAACUCUUUUUUUUAUCAUUUGAAAAAAAUCGAUGCGAUAAGAUAAUUAAUGGUAUCACACAAAUACAUUUGCACGCACACAGCGCUUUCGCUCAUUUCAUUAUGUAAGUAAGUUAUUAACAUAAAUCGGUAUACACAAUACACACAUACACAAAUAAUGAAGUAGCGAUCAUCUAGACUUAAUUCCCUAAAGUAUAAUAGGUAUUUACUUAGCUUGAUACUUCAGUAAGUUGCACAAAUUUGUAAACAACAUCUAUUACAUCAUAACUACUUUUAUAAAUAUACAUUUAUAUGUGUGUGAAUUGUGAAAUAUACAGAAAGGGAGAGAGAGGAAAGAACAGAUUUUCAUUUUAAGAGCAAGUGUCGAAGCAUUAACGAAUUAUUAAUAUGCAUGUUAUACAUUAUCUCGUGACGAACGGGUAUAUUUGUAUCGCAAUUAUUGCGGUGACAAGACUUUUCUGGAUUAAUUUCAACAAUACUACAACAAUGUUCGUAUGUAAAUGUGGGAAGAUAUUAAUCAUGUGAUAUAAAUAAGCAUAUGCGAGCGCGCAUCGUUUAGCGAUUGAUGUCACUGAUGUUAUCGACGAUAAUAGGCGAUUCUAAUUUUCGAAAAGGAAAGAAGCUUUUGGCAGUUGAGGGAUUUGCCAUUCUCGAUCGAGACAAAUCUGUUAACAGGACGAAUCAUUACUAUUAUUAAUAUUAUCAUCAUCUUCCUUUUCUCCCUCAUUCCUCUAUCAUGUUCGUUUUAUUCAAUUCUCCAUUCAUCCUAAUCCUCAUUAGUCCCAUUAGCCAAUGCAGAUUCAUCCUCGAUAAUACGAAAAAAAAAAAAGAAAAAACCGAUAAUUAUGAAAAACCACGACGUGAGGAUCUUAUUACGAGACCAUAAAAUCGAUCGUAUUUAGUCUCCUUUCUUCAUACUUGUACAUUAAUUUCUUUUAUAAAUAAAAUUCACACAAAAGUACCCAUCACAUUUCUUCGAUGUGUCUCAUCCAACAUCCGACAUCCCGAAAGGAGCUCUUCAAUAUGCAUGUGUCGUAUCACUCUUGAGCUUAUUCAUUACGAAUAUCUCAUACCUUUGUAUCGAAUGCAUAAUAGGUAUAUAUAUAAUAGGUAUAUAUUAUAUACCACUUUGUACAACGUUCGUGUACAAUAUUCAUUUAUUCUUUACAUUUGUACGCGUAUCCGCUCGUUGAAGAUACGUCUAUGUAUAUAACGAAUCAAGUUUCCAAGUUUGCUAUUAAUCCAAUUACGUUUAAUUGGAUACAAUCGUUUUUGCAGAUAUGUAAUUUUACCUAUGUCACCGAAAGACAUGUAUGUACAAGGGCUAAACUGAUAACACCAAUCGUCUCGUCUCAUUAAGUUCUUUGCGAUGCACCUUCAUUUGUAAGUCUCAAUAAUUCUAUAAGCAUGAUAAACGAUGUUACGAGAUCGUUGAUUGGCAUGUCGAAAAUGUGUGUCUAGUUGUCUAAUAUUUAUUCAAGUGGAAUAAACAUGUGUAUUAUUCCAAGGAGUGAGAAA